CCAACUCCAGGCAGCAGAUGGCGACUUAAGUCUUUCAGGUGAUGCUCCUUGUGUGACGUAUAAUCUAGUGGACGGAACGCUUCUUCAACAACAACUCGGCUACUCAUGCAGACAGUUCCGUAUCUUGCUCGUCAACAUAAAACCCUCAAGCUUCUUUGUCCGUAUUUGUGUAUAUUAAUCUGUGUUUUUAACGCAAUUUUGUUUGCAUAUCUCCUAGUUAAAUUGUAAAAUAGCUUGUUAGAUUGACUAAUUCGUUAAGAUUGAUGCUUAGCCUAGUACUAGGCUAGUCGCUAAUUCUAGCUAGCUUUCAUCCCCGACCUAGGAGUGAAGUUGAGUCCGCUAUCCUCGCUCGACCAUGAGCUCACUAAACUACUCCCUCCCUGCUAAAGAAGAAGAGGUCGGAUGGUCGGAGAAAGAAGAUCUGAACAUUGUCGUGAAAGAAGACGAGGAAGUGAAAGACGAGAAAGAGCCUUUUGGAGUGAAAGAGGAAGAGGGGAUAGAGGCUGUCACAGUGGAAGAAGAGGAGGAGGUUGAAGCUUUCAGAAUCAAAAAGGAGGAAGAGGAGGCUAUCACAUUGAAAGAAGAGGAGGAUGUUACCGUGAAAUACGAGAAAGAGCCUUUAGGAGUGAAACACGAAGAAGGAAUAGAGGCUGUCACAGUGGAAGAAGGAAUAGAGGCUGUCACAGUGGAAGAGGAGGAGGUAGAAGCUUUCAGAAUCAAAAAGGAGGAAAUCACAUUGAAAGAAGAAGAUGAGUAUUUUAUAGUGAAAGAAGAGAAAGGACCUUUUGGAGUGAAAGACGAAGAGGAGACUAGAGAUCUGAUUAACACCACAGGAGAAAUACCAGACUCUCACCCUGACCGUGGGAAGAGUCCAGACCCAGAGACGACCAAACCAGCAAGACCAUACCACUGUUCCCAAUGUGGAAAGAGAUUUAUUCAGUCAUCGCAUUUGAAAGAACAUGAGAGAAUACACACAGGAGAACAGCCAUUCCAAUGUUCCCAGUGUGGAAAGAGUUUUACAAAUGUAGGGAACCUGAAAACGCAUGAGAUGACACACACGGGAGAGAAGCCUUUCCACUGCUCCCAGUGUGGAAAAAGGUUUACCCAGUUAGGGAAUUUGAAAACACAUGAGAUGACACACACAGGCGAGAAGCCUUAUCACUGCUCCCAUUGUGGAAAGAGUUUUAGACACUCAGGACAUCUAAAAGUGCAUGAAAGAACACACACUGGAGAGAAGCCAUACCAAUGCUCCCAGUGUGGAAAGGGUUUUGGACACUCAUGGCAUCUUAAAGUACACGAAAGAACACACACGGGAGAGAAGCCAUAUCACUGCUCCCAGUGUGGAAAGGUUUUUGGACACUCAGGGCAUCUAAAACUGCAUGAAAGAACACACACGGGAGAGAAGCCAUAUCAAUGCUCUCACUGUGGAAAGAGAUUUAUCCAGUCAUUGCACCUGAAAGAGCAUAAGAGAAAACACAUGGGAGAGAAGCCUUUCCAAUGUUCUCAGUGUGGAAAGAGUUUUAUCCAGUCAUCACAUCUGAAAGAGCAUAAGAGGAUACACACAGGAGAGAAGCCAUUCCAAUGCUCUGAGUGUGGAAAGACUUUUAGCCAGAUAGGGCAGCUGAAAUAUCAUGAAAGAAAACAUACAGGGGAGAAGCCUCAUCACUGUUCCCAGUGUGGAAAGGGUUUCAGAUACUCAGGGCAUCUAAAAGUGCAUGAAAGAACACACACUGGAGAGAAGCCGUAUCAAUGCUCCCAGUGUGGAAAGGAUUUUAGACACUCAGGGCAUCUUAAAGAUCAUGAGAAAAUACACACAGGAGAACAACCAUUCCAAUGCUCUCUGUGUGGAAAGAGUUUUACCCAUUUAGGGAACCUGAAAAUGCAUGAGAUGACACACACAGGAGAGAAGCCUUUUCACUGCUCCCACUGUGUAAAAAGUUUUACCCAGUUAGGGAACUUGAAAACGCAUGAGAUGACACACACAGGAGAGAAGCCUUUCCACUGCUCCAAGUGUGAAAAGGGUUUUAGAACCUCUGGGAACCUGAAAACGCAUGAAAUGUCACACACAGGAGAGAAGCCUUUCCAAUGCUCCCAAUGUGGAAAGAGUUUUACCCAGUUAGCGAGCCUAAAAAGGCAUGAAGGAACACACACUGAAUAGAAUCCUUUCCAGUGUUCUCAGUGUGGAAAGACAUUUUCCUGGUCAGAAAGACCUGAAAGUCACAUGAGAGAAGAGAGAGACUGUUGUGGGUGACAGAAUUUGGGGUGAGCUGUUGUCACUUCUCCAGGUUGAUGCUCUGUUCUGUGAUGAACUGCAUUUCAUAAACGACUACGCCUAUUACCUGUCUGCACCCUAACACAUUGUUGCCAUUGUCGUCUGUAACUGUUGCAUUAAUUAAGUACUAUUAUCACCUUCCUCUAUAUGAGGGGACAUGCAACUAUCUGCAUUUUUUGGGGCUAGUUCUUCCCUGACUGUGAUCAGCGAGACAGAUCUCACUUGCUUGUAUUUAAGAUGUACUAUUUUCACACCUUAAAUAGUCUCUGAUCUUUGGGAUUGAGUGUGUUCUGAAUUUAAAAAAAAAAUUGCAAAUGGGUUUCUUUGGUUUAUGGCCACAUGAAAUCAAAUUGUAUGAAAACUUACUCAACAAAACAGGCCUACUUUGUUAGCCGGACCUUUACGUCUCCAAGCAACAAAAAAAUAAA